AUGGCGCCGCCACCGAUGAUUAUUUCCAUGAUGGGCCAGCGGGCUGGUGGUGCCGCAGCCCAAGCCAUGCGACCGAUGAUACUUUCCAUCAUGGGGCCUAGACAGCCUCCGCCGCCCCCACCACAACAGCCAUUGAUAAUCUCAAUGAUGGGACCGAGGCAGGCCCCGCCGCCCCCACCCCGACCCUUGAUCAUUUCAAUGAUGGGACCGAGGCAACCGCCACCACCUCCGCCGCGACCCCUGAUCAUCUCCAUGAUGGGUCCAAGACAGCCCCCACCACCCGCGCCACGACCCCUCAUCAUCUCCAUGAUGGGUCCGAGGCAGCCUCCGCCGCCGCCUCAACAACCGCUCAUCAUCUCCAUGAUGGGACCUAGGCAACCUCCGCCCGAACCUCAACAACCGAUGAUAAUCUCUAUGAUGGGCGGCUAUGGGGGGUACGGGGGAUACGGAGGAUACGGAGGAAACGAAGGUUUCGGAGGCUUUGGAGGGUUUGACCCAUACGGACAAGAGCAACAACAGCAACAACAGCAACAGCCAAUGAGCCUCUCGAACCUAGGCGUUGGCGGACUUUCGCAAAGGAUGCGCGCACCUAUGAGACCUCCCGCACCCCGUCCGAGAGGUCCUCCCGCGAGUGGUCAAUGA